AUGCCUUACUUCCCGGUGGUCAUCAUGGCCGACGACGCCGCCUCCUUCGCCCCUGACGGGCGCCGCCUCGGGUACUCGAGCAACCUCGAUACCAUCGACCGCCUGGACACGAGCGGCCCCAACGGCAUGCCCAUGUUCCACCACGGCGGGCCCUUUGACGCCGUCCUGCCCAGCCGCAACUUUGACCCGCGGACCUCGCCCAUGUUCGCGCUGUCGGGCUCCCUCGCUGAGGCCCUGCGGGCGACUCCCCAGGAGUACAUCCAGGACUGCCUCGAGCAGGGCAUCCCCCUCCAGGGCACCGCCACCAUCCCUUCCGGCCAGCUGGACUAUGAGGGCAACCGGAUGGAAUACGAGGAGGGCUCCAACCUCGUGCGGGACUCGGACUCCAUCGCCGUCUCGUACCAGCAGCAGCAUCACCAGCAGCAGCAGCAGUACAGGCAGUGGGACUGCGGCUCCGUCGUAAUAACCCGCCCCUACACGCCGCUGUGUAAACAACGUCGGCGCGAUGCUCAAGCUCAAGAGCCGCUCCACUACUACCCUGUCGAGCAGCGCGACGUGAAGGGCAAAGGGCGGGCGACGGAGGACUAUGAGGAGAUUGAGAUGCAGUCGAUGCUGCCAAACCGCAGAGGCGCUCGCAAGCGGCCAAGAUUUCCUCCCAAUGCCCGCGCUUCGCGACAUGCGAGCUCCUCCUCGGGCGGCCGUGCUUUCACGUACGAUGAUGCCUCUUGGAAUUCUCAGCACCGAGGCCCGAACUCGCGGCAAUCUGGAUGA